AGCGUCCCGCACAGGAAGAAAAAAAACGGGCCAGAAGAAGAAGAAGAAGUCAACAUCUGCUGAGCAAUAACAAGAUUAAGGUUAUGAAACAAUGGAUGAUUGACAAAUAAGAAAUAUUGACUUUACUAUUCCCAGGAGCAGAGCGCCUCUUUUUCUGACUUUAGAUAUUUUUUUUCUCUUUCUUGGCAAAAUAAAAAAAAGAGGAAACAACUUUCUGUUUGGAUUUUUUCCCGAAAACUUCAAACUUUACGAAGGAUUUUAUAUUUAUUUUUCUUAUUUUUUACGUAAAGAAUCCGCUCAUAGAUAAGUGUUUCUCCUCCAAAGACUUGUGUUGGGGAUGUUGAGCUCUGUGAAGAUGGAAGCGCAUGAUCUACCAGAGUGGAAUACUUUCUACAGCGAGGCCAGCGAGAUGUAUUCCUCUCCCAGCACCAUGAACAUCAACAGCUACAUCAACUUGAAUCCAGCCACCGCCUCCCCUGCAGGCAUGAACAUGGCCUACCCGAGCUCCAGCCUCGGCGGGUCCCCGCUGACCUCCAUGGGCUCCGGGCCCGGCCACAUGUCUCUCUCCCCAGUGGCUUCGUCCCUCAGUUCGGGCCCUUUAACCCAGCUUGGCUCCGCUGCUCCGGGCUCCCUGGGCUCCUUGUCCCACUACCAGAACAUGGGCCAGUCCAUGAGCCAGCUGGGGUACCCCACCACUGCGAGCCUGAGCAGGGCCGGGCCAAAGGAUAUCCCCCCAAAGCCCUACCGACGCUCCCUGACCCACGCCAAGCCGCCAUACUCCUACAUCUCCCUCAUCACUAUGGCGAUCCAGCAGAGCGGCAGCAAGAUGCUGACCCUGAACGAGAUCUACCAGUGGAUCAUGGACCUGUUCCCCUACUACCGCGAGAACCAGCAGCGCUGGCAGAACUCCAUCCGCCACUCGCUGUCCUUCAACGACUGCUUUGUGAAGGUGGCUCGCUCGCCAGACAAGCCGGGCAAAGGCUCCUACUGGACUCUGCACCCGCAGUCGGGCAACAUGUUUGAGAACGGCUGCUACCUGAGGCGCCAGAAACGCUUCAAGAUCGAGGACAAGAUGGCGAAGAAAGGAAGCAAGAACCAGGAGGGCUCAGGGAAAGGAGGCCACAACGGAGAUCACCUGGUGGAGGAUCACAGCCCCACAGGAGGAUCAGAAGGAGCCGACUCUGCCCACUCAGACAACUCCCACCCGGGCUCCUCAGACGACCAGCCGCAUCCACGAAACUCCCUGGUUCCACUAGACUGCCCUCCGCUGUCCUCCUCACACCUCCACAGCCCACCCGUAUCUCUGCCUCCAUCCUCCUCCACCUCCUCAUCCAUGCCUCCAUCCUCCUUGUCCCUCUCAGCCUCCUCCUCCUCCAACCCGCUCCUCCACUCCCAGUCUUUAGUGGGUAGCACCCAUCUCCUGCCCAGCACCAUGCAGCACCACAUGGAUCUACAGAGUGACGCCCUCAAGUCCCUGGACCCCCACUACAACUUCAACCACCCUUUCUCCAUCACCAACCUCAUGUCCAACGAGCAGAAGAUGGACCUCAAGUCCUACCAGGACCAGGUGAUGGCCUACAACAGCUACACCGGCGGCUCUCCUGUGGGGGCCAAGCAGAUCUAUGACAGCCCGGGGCCGACAACCAUGGACUCAGGCGCUUACUACCAAACUCUGUACAGCCGCUCGGUGCUCAACGCCUCCUAAUGUGGACACUCACCCCCACCACCUACCCAACCCACCCCCGCCUCCCCACACACACACACACACCUGUCUGUAGAGGUGAGCCAAGAUGGAGACUUCUCUCUUCCUCUCUGCCUUUUUCUAAAAUGGACACCCAAGCUCUCUUUAUCUUCCUCUUUCUCCCUCCCUCCCUCUCUCCCUCCCUCUCUCCCUCUUUCUGGCUCACGUCCAGCGGCCUUGGAAGAGACUCACAUCUAAAAUGGCCGUCAUGUUUUUCUCUCUCUCUCUCUUCUUUUACCAACUCUGAUGAACAUGGAGGCUGGUUCGGUUACAUGGAGGACAGAAAAGUGAAGUUUUUAACUGAUGAUGAAGACAUUGCAAGUCAAUACAGAAGUCAGAUCCUGUCGCAGGAGCUCUGCACGUGGUGAAAUUGGCUUUGUACAAAAUGUAUAUAGAGGUAAUGUGGGGGGAUAAAGGAUAUUUGCAUUUAUUUAUGAAGGGAAUAAAUUUUAAUAUAUCUUGUAUAGCGCUCUGUUGACCAGUUACAACCCCAGUGUGAGUUUGUUUUGUUUAAAACCCAAAGACAGAGAGAAGGAGGCUUGUUUCAGGUUACUGCUUCAGGCAGGUGUUACUGCAGAGGGAGACAGUUUUUUUAUUGUGUGUUACAGCAUUUCACACUACGUUCUGUCAUUUCAGUCAGAUCAGGCGUCCGUCAAUGUAAAUGUAGCUCAAAAGGUCUGUACUUUCAAAUAAAUGCUUUGUAUUUUGGUUGAUAUGAAGAAGAAGAAGAGAAGAAAAAAGCCACUCUGUCCUUGCUGGAGCUCAGAAGGAAAGAGGCAAAGUACCUGUGGUAGAAACUAAAAAAAAAAACAUGUUUAUGUUCAUUUUCCAUAAAUCAUUUCCUGUUGUUACCAAUACGAGAGCGUGAAAAGCAAGCGGCUCUCGGCCGACUGUAACAUUUUGAAAUAGCAGAUAGCCCGUGAGGCGCACGGGGGAGUUCAGUCAGUUACUUAAACAGUGGAGGGGAGGAGAGAUGCACUAUGGGAGGAUUUACAUACAGUACUUUGCACUAUGGAGCUCCCACUGGCCAGGUGGGCUGAUAGUGUGUGUGUUUGUGUGUGUUACAACAAUACUUAAGGAACGCCCCCUCACACUGUCAAUGCAUCGGCUCAAUGGGAUCAGUGUAACAAAUAACCCUCGCUGUCCAACAAAAAAAAAA